GUUAGCAGCCAAAUGCUUAACUACUAAGCUACCAGGGCCCCCAAAUUGGCAUUACUACAUAAAAAUUCAAUACUACUAGGAAAGAAAUAUGGAAAAUGAGUUCUAUUUAUUGGGUGGGAAGAUUAUAAGCCAAUGUCUCAUUAAUAGACCAGAUCUCCCAAAACACUGUACUUUUUAUUUUUACAAGCUAUUAACAUAUAAGUUUGUUCGGUAGUCUUAUCAAAAAGCAUUUUCUUUUAUUUCAAAUGUCCAAAGUUUGGCAAAUAUAUAAGUGGAAGCCAGUGUGAUCUGCAUGUGCCUGCUAGUGUAUCACUGCACUUUUUAUAAUGUAUUUGAUUACGUUUUACUAGAGAUUCCAGGAUUGGAGAAUUAAAUAUUAACAAAUUAAAAUUAAAUGUUAGCAAUCAUCCCAGGGUCUUAGAGCAGCGUUGACCAUUUCUAGCACUCUAUUUGAUCACUGGUUUUAUUACUAUUUUGAUUUUUAAGUGCUUUAAAUUUUCAAAGUACAUCGUAAUUAUUUAUUUAAAUUACUCCUGAUGCCUGCACUUCCUCAGAGAUCAGGACAAAGGAGACACACAAACAUCCACAGAGAAUCAGCCACUAUUCUUAUCAGUUACCAAGUUCCUACGCUCUAUUCACAGGAUUCGGAAAUACUGCACGAUUCUGCACUUACUCUCAAGAAGCCAGGGGGUUAAAAAAAUACCAACAAAGCUGUGUAAUUACAGACGAACGAAGAUACCGGGGUGGGGGGGGAUUGGAAAGCAGGGCGCCACUCUGCUGCGCGAGAUACCAACAGCCUAUAAAGAGGGCUUAAAUUCCAGAGAAGGCACUUCAGUCCCUCGAUACCUUUACUUUCUGCUCUUUAAGUUUCCUUCUACAAAAACUCGGGGUCCACCAACCCUGCAGCCACUCGCCUCGGUCCGACCUAUUCCUGCCCCCGCUCGUUCCGGCUUCCAACCGCUUCUUCCGCCCUUUCCCAUCUCCUCUGCGCCUGCGCGACCGGAAAAUUCGCGAACGUUCCUGAAGUGGAACAAGCCGUUUCCGGAAGCCGGCAGCCGCCCUAGCCGUCACACCGGUCCCUGCGACAAGGCAAUUAUAAACGUGCUCUCCUGUGGUUCCCGGCGUUUUGGCCUUACUUCUAACUGCGAAAAGAUAUGGCCCUGCUGUGCUACAAUCGAGGCUGCGGCCAACGCUUCGAUCCCGAGACCAAUUCCGACGGAGACGUUCCCCUGGACGCACGUGGUUCCGCAGUCGCCCGCUGACUCUCUUUAAUUCAACUGGAAUUUAGAAACUCCCUCGGCCCUCCCAAUUUUGGGGGAAGCAAAAGUUAAAAGAGGUGCUUGCACAUACCACCCAGGCGUUCCAGUCUUCCAUGAUGCAUUAAAGGGGUGGUCUUGCUGUAAGAGAAGAACAACUGACUUUUCUGAUUUCUUAAGCAUUGUAGGCUGUACAAAGGGUAGGCAUAAUAGUGAAAAGCCACCUGAGCCCGUCAAACCUGAAGUCAAGACUACUGAGAAGAAAGAACUGUCUGAAUUGAAACCCAGAUUUCAGGAGCACAUCAUUCAAGCCCCUAAACCAAUAGAAGCAAUAAAAAGGCCAAGCCCAGAUGAGCCGAUGACAAAUUUGGAAUUAAAAAUAUCUGCCUCCCUCAAACAAGCACUUGAUAAACUUAAACUAUCAUCGGGGAAUGAAGAAGAUAAGAAGGAAGAAGAAAGUGAUGAAAUUAAGAUUGGGACCUCAUGUAAAAAUGGAGGAUGUUCAAAGACCUAUCAGGGUCUACAGAGUCUAGAAGAAAUCUGUAUAUAUCAUUCUGGAGUACCUAUUUUCCACGAAGGGAUGAAAUACUGGAGCUGUUGUAGAAGAAAAACUUCCGAUUUUAAUACAUUUUUAGCCCAAGAGGGCUGCACAACAGGGAAACAUAUGUGGACUAAAAAGGACGCCGGGGGAAAAGUUGUUCCAUGUAGGCAUGACUGGCAUCAGACAGGGGGUGAAGUCACCAUUUCAAUAUAUGCUAAAAAUUCACUUCCAGAACUUAGUCGAGUAGAAGCAAAUAGUACAUUGUUAAAUGUGCUCAUUGUAUUUGAAGGAGAGAAGGAAUUUCAUCAAAAUGUGAAAUUAUGGGGUGUGAUUGAUGUAAAACGAAGCUAUGUAACUAUGACUGCAACAAAGAUUGAGAUCACCAUGAGAAAAGCUGAACCUAUGCAGUGGGCAAGUCUGGAACUGCCUGCAGCUAAAAAGCCAGAAGAACAAAAAGAAGAUAUAACAGAUUGAGUGGGAGGAAAGGAGAAAAAAACUUAACUUUUUAUUUCAGAAUUCCUAAUCUUGCUGAAAUGGUAGCUUGCUACUGUAACCUUUUGUUUUCAUUGAAGUCUGGCAUUUCAGGGUUAAUAGUAGGUUCAUAAAAACCAAAGUCAGAUUGUCUUUGUGCCCCACCCCCCAUCUUCUAUUUGAGUUACUGGAGUUUAAAUUGUUUAUUUCUCCUCAGUAAUAGAACCAUAGGUAUGUUCUAUACUUGAAGAAGCUAGAAAAUAGCUCAUAAAUAUAAUUAUACAGUAUUUCUUAGUAUAAGCAAAGAAAUAUUAAAGAACAUUUGUCUUUGUUCACUUCUGUUUCUGUUAUCCCACAGUUAGUAAAACAAGAUAGAAUGUCAAUUUUUAAUAAUUUUUUCAUGGAUUUUUGUUCCUAUAAUACUUGAAAAUCUUUAAGAAAGAGAUAAAGUUCUGCAUUGUUUUUUUCCGCUUGGAGCGGUUAUGUUUUCUAGAAGAAUUCUAAGGUAGUAUAAUAAGUAAUUAAAGAGCAAUAUAUACAUUGGUUAAAGUUAAAAUUCAUUUACAACUAGCUGAAUUUAAAAAUUACAUCAAUAACCUGAUCACUUGCCCAGCAGUAUAAUUUAAGAGUAUAGGAGGCAUUGUAAAUAAAACUACAGAGGUAUCAGUUUCGUUAAAAGUCACCGUUUUAUAAGGCUAAGCAAAAAUGUUAAACAUCUCUUUCCUGAUUAUUUAAAGGUCUUUGUAUGGGGUUAUAACUAGGGUGUACCUGAUUUGCAGCCUAUAUCCUCUUAAAACCUUUAUUAAUUAGUUACAUAUUAAAAAGAAAUUGUAUCGGGCCUUAUUGAUGGAAUACUAUAUAGAAUGGUAGACUUAAAAGCUUGUGGAAAUACAGUAGAGUAUCAGAAAACUAAAUAUAUAAGCUUUGCUUUAUAACAAUUAUACUACCUGUUAGAAAAAUACUUUAAUUCUUUUGGAGUCUUUUUUUUUUUUUUUUUUAGGAUUUCAUGAAAAGCUUGACAAUUCUAGCUGACACAAUGUUGAAUAUAUAUUACACUUUAUUUCUUUUAAAUCUAGGUAUCACAGAAUUAGAUUUUUUAUGCUAGUUGAACCCACUAAAGAACAGGUUACUUUUUGAAGCAGUGCAAAGCUAAAGAAGAAAAUUAAAAUCAAGAAAUGUUAUGAAGGCCAUAACUAUCAGAAUUUAAGUUUGGGCAUGAAUUGCAUAGAUUAAAAUUAUUCCCCAAACCCCUUGAGUGUUUUUCUUUCCUUAGUAUUAGUGGAAUUUGCAGAAGUACAAUUUCGUUUAAUAGAUUAAGGUGUUGGUAUAUAUCCUUCUACAACCCUUAGUAAAUAAUUAUUAGAUGUUGUUAUAUAAUUAUUAAAACGGUUUAGCUCUGUUACAAAUAUAGAGUCAAAAAAUCUGGCAACCAGCAACAGCUUACUAUUAUGAUAUCAACAUAUGAUGGCAACAAAUUUGGGGCAAUAAAAUCCAGAUCCAAAUAGAGUAUAUAAAGUCUAGUACUUAGGGAAGGUUAUAUUUAAAUUUUUUUUAGAAGUUAUCAUGAUUUAAGGACCUGGGUUCAUUUAGGGACACAAAAGCUUGUUUAUUGUUUGUGAGGAGAUGUUGGUACUUCAUUUGAUUCAAGGUAAUGAUUCGUAUGCUUUUAUUUUAAUGUUGCUUUCUUGAAAUUCUUUUCCCCUAAACAGUAUCAUAGUAUGUUAUAUGAUAUUGAACUAUUAUUUAAACCAAGUGGCUUGUCCACCUCAGACUUACAAAGCACUGAUUGUUUUUUUUUUUUUUUUAAAUAUUAUGGAUUAGUCUGGUUACAUUAGUGACCAUUCUGUUUACUUUCUUAUUCCUAAGAAUCUCUGAAUUUGUUACCCAGAUAAAAAUCUGAAUGACACUUGUCUUAGACAUGUAAAUACAGGGAUAAAGUUAUGGUUAGGUAGAAUAUGUUUUACUCUAUCACUCUGUCAAAAAAUUAAUAAAAAUUUCUUAAGUUAACUUUAUUGAGUCCUUUCUCAAGAAAUAAUGGCUAUGUUUUUCUUACCAUUUAAAGUUAAUUACUAUAGUAAAGCAUGAAGUCUAGAUUUCGUCUUUUGGUGACUAGACUGAUGGCUAAACUCAGCAUGGGAAACUUGAAAUGUUAUUUUUCUUGCCUAGCACAUUUGGUAUAACAUAAAGGAAGUAAUAUCCUAAAAGUUGAGUUUUUUUAUUUUUUUAACUUUAUGUUGGUAUUAUUUUAGAUUUGCAGAGAAGUUGCAAAAAAUAGUACAGAGAAUUAUCAUAUAGCCUUUAAUCUUCCCCUUAUGUUAAAAUCGUGCAUAACCAUAGAACAUUUACAAAACUAAGAAAUUAGCCUUGAUACAGUACUAUUAGCUAAAGUAGAACACUUGAUUUUAAACAUCUAUUUUUAGUGGAACUCUACUAAAGGGUAGUUCUUGAGACCUGUCCUAAGUUAUUUUUUUUUAAUUUCCUUUUAUAAUUAAGUCAAUAAUUUGUAAAUAAUUAAAAAUAUAAAUAAAUCAUCCAGCCUUAAAUGACUGUUUGCAGGUGGGUAAUUUUAACUUCCUGGUAUGACCACAUGCUGGCAAAGAACCGUAAUGAUUUUAUAUUUUAUGCCAGAGAUUUUAAUUCGUUUGUUUUCUUUGUUUUAUUAAGUUUUACUUGGCUUCCUUUAGGCAAUUCUUUAGCCAUCUAAAAUAGAGAACCUUAAAGGGUUUCUUACAAAGAUUUUAAGAUGACUGGACUAUUAGGCCCCACCAGCUUUUUUUUUUUUUAAUCAAUGAUUUUUUUAACCUGAAGAUGCAUGUCAUGUACACAUCCACAGUAAAUAAAUUUUUAAAAGCUCAGUUAUAACGUCUGGUUUCAGUUUUAAGUUAUAGUCUGGUUUCAGUUUUAGGGCAUCUGGGUAUAUAUUUUUUAUAUAUAUAUAUAUAUAUAUAUAUAUAUUUUUAUUUUUUUUAAGCAGCCAGGUUACUUUUAAGUUACCUACUAACCUAGACUAUUAAUAGGUUAUAUUUUGGUUUUAUUGAAAAUAAUUUUGAUGUGGAAUUCAUAUU